AGCGGCUGCAGCAGCGGUGGACCGAGCAGCAGCUGGCCCGGCUCGGAACGCGAGUAGCGGGCGCUAAAGCGCACGGGUCAUUAUCAUCCAAAGGCCUACCUAAAACCAAAGGGAAAAGUCAUGGAGAGGGUUUUCCUCACUGAAGAGAAAGCCAAUUCAGUAUUAAAGCGCCACCCAAGAGCAAAUGGUUUUCUGGAGGAGAUAAGACAGGGAAAUAUUGAACGUGAAUGCAAAGAAGAAGUUUGUACUUAUGAAGAGGCAAGAGAAGCCUUUGAGAAUGAUGUGAAGACUAAGGAAUUCUGGGACACCUACACAAAGGAACAUCAGGGAGAAAGUAGCAGAGGAAAUAACUGGUAUCCAUUUUACCUUGCAUUUCCAUUAAUCAUUGGCCUUUUUGUUAUCCUCCUCAUCAUAUUCAUAACUUGGAGAUAUCUCCUAAAAAAGAAAACUCGCAGACAGACGGUGUACAUGCGUCGGGGAGCCCUGGAAGCCAGUAGUGAUGGCACCAUGACUGAUGGGAGAGGUUCUCUUCCAUCCCAUCUCAGCAUCACUCAUUCCCCACAGGAAGAAAUAUUUGACAGUAGUGGGUUAUCCCCAGGAUUUUUGGGUUAUGUAGGUGGGCGCUCAGAUUCUGUCUCUACACGUCUCUCUAACUGCGAUCCACCACCCACCUACGAGGAAGCCACUGGUCAGACAAACUUGAGAAGAAGUGAAACAGAACCUCAUUUAGAUCCACCCCCCCAGUAUGAUGACAUCAUGAACUCCAGCUCAGCCAAUGCCAUUGCUAUGGUACCUGUCGUCACCACCAUCAAGUAAAGCAGAAAAAAGUCUUCAUUUCUCUGGUUAUUUUUAAACUACUAACGGGAGAAUUUUGUAGCACUUUAUCACUGCAUAAUCAUGCAUUUACAUAAUUUAUUGGACCCUCAAAGCAUACCACUUCCCUUUCCCCUCCCCCCAAUAUUGUUUUCCUUCUUUUUCUUUGUUUUUGUUUCUUUACUUCAGGAUUUAUCAGUGCUCAUUUUGGCUAGUGGGGAG